CCGCGGGGGCCGUCAGUUGCCCAUGUCGGUGGACCACAAGCCCGGCCGCAAGGCUGAGAGCAGGAGGAUUCUGCGCAGCGGGGGCUAUCUGGAUGAGACGGACCCCCGAAACCCACGUGUGGUUUGCGACACCCUCAAGAUGUCGAUCGCCACGAGCCGUGCACUCGGAGACUUCGACUUCAAGUCCAACCCGUCCAGGCUGCCGGAGGAGCAGAUGGUCAGCCCAGUGCCGGAGUUGUACACGAGGCGGAGGCGAGUCCUACAGGAGAAACACGCGGCCUGCCUCGCCCGAGGGGAAGAGAUCUACGGAGAAACCGGAGACACCGGAGAAACCGACAGCGAGUUGCUCGCGAGGUCCGUCCUGAAGCGCUGCCUGGACCUCGGCUCCCGCGACAACAUGACCAUCGUUCUCGCGGACCUAAGACGGCGGCGGCGGAGGGCAAGGCCGAAGGUACCACCGCGAAAGCUGUCGCCGACGAUAGGAGAGGGUCACGGCGGUGACGAAGAACGGGGGGGGGUGGCGGCUGCGAUCGGGGCACACCGGGUCGGGAAUCGUGGCGGCACCGAGGCGGCACCAACGGUAGCAGCAGCGGCGACAACAACAGCGGGUGCUGGAGACAAAGGAGACUUGGGCCCUAGCAUGAGGGUUGGUAGUGGUGACAGUAGCGUUGGUGGUAGCGCGGUAUCCGUGUCGACGGGAGGGGGUGACCCCGCUGUACACGGCUCGGUAGCAGCAGCUGCAGCGGAGGCGGGAGUGGACACAGGAGAAGCGUUGCGCCAGGACGGCGGUGGCGACGGCGUGGGUGCGAGCGAUGGAUCUUAUCUGGCGGGGCACGUCGGCGACGGCCGGGGUGGGUCGUCGGGAACGCGCCCGGGAGAGUCAGCGGGCGUGUCAGGGCUGACGGCGGGAGGCGGUGGCGUAAAUAAUACCUCAAAAAUCGCGGCAGAGCCCGAUGGCGUUGCUGUCAUCGGGGUUGUAGGCGUUUCGGGAGAAACCAUCACCGGAGGCGCGGCGGCUGUAGUCGAAGGCGAUGGCGUCGGAGAGGCCCUGACCGCGCGGGAGGCCGGCGGGUUGCCGCGGCCACCAGAAGCGGUAGACGGCAACCAAGAGCGGUAGCAUCGGUGAUGAAGGUUUUCAAGGAGGCGGAUUCAAUUGAUGCCAAGAUUGCUUCCUGAAGGAAGGGAAGUAAUCCCAAACUCUUGGUAGCCGUGUUCACCACAGCGCACCAAGUGUGCCAGUAGAUUUGUUGUUGUUAGGGGGGUUGGGGGGGGGGGGGGGGGGGGGGGGGUGUACUCAUAGUCGUGCAUGCCGUAGUCGUUAGACCAUUGACCUCGCAUCCCUACAAAGCCGGGACGGAGCACGCCGNUUGUCAAGACCAGCCGCGGGAUUCGCAUGCCCGUCUACUCCGUUAACGCCCGAUUUUUUCGCGUACAGUAGCUGCUCCAGGGCGGUACAAGAUGGCACGGAACUGUCCGACGCCCAGAAACCAGAGGCUUGUUGGGGAGCACAUUGAGACAGCAGUGGCAAACUUGCUCAGGAGCGUAUGCUGCAACCCCACCCACCCCCUUGGCACCCGGCAACACUUUCAUCUAGACGCUGACGUCAUUCAAGUCGUAAUGUAGUACCCUCGUUGCAGCUCUGAUGAGUUGUUGCAGAGAGAGGGACGUGGGUGUUCUUAGCUGUUGUGGUUUUCAUUGUUUUGGUUGACUCUCCGUUUUCCCAUUCCCGCGCUUUUCUAAGGCGUAGUGUUUCGUUUUGCCCGGCCCCUCCGUGCGGACGCGCUUGGUGAUGUGA